UGAGUGAAACGAAACAUUUCCCAGGUGAAGUGUCUUUGAAACUUGCUGCCCGGGCAGCGAACAAAGUAGGUCGGCAUAAUUACAAUUAAAGUGACAUAAUUUGUUGAUGACAGAUAACACAAUGGCGGUGAAUACUGUCAUGUCACGUCAAUGAGAUAUUCACUGGACUCGCUGUGUUGUGCCUUAUGAUCUUGACGGCAUGACGCGCCUGAUGCUUUUAGUUGCCGCGGCGUUUCUCAUGUCCGCUCCAACGAGCGCCUCUCAGGGGGAUAAAGAGCCAGUCUACCGCGACUGCGUCAAACAAUGUGUCCGGACGAACUGCACAGGGGCCCGACUGCGCGGAUUCCAGUCAGCUCAACCUCCAUACAUGGCUCUCACAGGCUGGACAUGUCGUGAUGACUGCAGGUAUCAGUGCAUGUGGACGACAGUAGGCCUGUACCAAGCAGAGGGCUACAGUGUACCACAGUUUCACGGGAAGUGGCCAUUUGCACGUUUCCUGUGUUUUGAGGAGCCUGCGUCUGCUCUGGCAUCUCUGCUUAACGGUCUGGCAUGUCUGCUGAUGCUGCUGAGAUACCGCAGCACCGUCCCUCGCCAGAGCCCCAUGUACCACACCAUCACCGCCUUCUCACUGGUUUCACUGAACGCAUGGUUCUGGUCAACAGUGUUCCACACAAGGGAUACCUAUCUAACAGAGAAGAUGGACUACUUCUGUGCAUCAGCGGUUAUUCUCUACUCUAUCUACUUGUGCUGUGUCAGGACGUUGGGCUUGCGAAGGCCUGUGAUCUCCAGUAUGGUGGGAGUUCUGCUCAUUUUGGCCUUCACGUCUCAUGUCUCCUAUCUGACCUUUGUCAGUUUUGACUAUGGCUACAACAUGACUGCCAAUGCCACCAUAGGUAUGAUAAACCUGUUGUGGUGGCUGUGCUGGUGCUGGCAGAACCGGAGGAUCUUGCCGUACUGGUGGAAGUGUGGUAUUGUGGUGCUCUUGCUUCAUGGUCUUGCUCUGCUGGAGCUGUUGGAUUUCCCUCCACUCUUCUGGGUUCUGGAUGCUCAUGCCGUCUGGCACCUCAGCACUGUACCCGUCCACUUCCUCUUUUACAGUUUUCUCAUAGAUGACAGCCUUCACCUCCUCAAUACAGAGAAGCCUGGAGUGAAACUUGACUAGGAGGAACCAGUCUCAGAACCCCAACCCCUCCUCUGAUAUUCUUCCCUUAAGGGCACGAGAGAGCUGAACUGAGCCAGAACUCAACCACAGUGGCUUUCCGCAUGUGUCCUGGGCCUGAAGUUUGCAAUUUUGUUGUGUUUACCUAUUCUUUUUACUUUAUUUUUUAUUGUACACAAAGGGUUGUCAUUUGGUCCAAUUCUAAGGAAAUGCCACCAUACUGUAGUUGAAACUUGAUUAAUGUUUGCAUUCACUGAGCAUUGCCUUCGAUAGAAUCAGUUAAUUAGAAUACAUGAGCCUUUCUUCAGGACUUUAUCAACAUAGUUCUCUCUAAAAUUGGUCCAAUGAAAACACCAUGUGUGCUGAUUAAAAUCUGCAUAGAAGUAAUCAGUAUCUCCAUUCAUAUCCUUAUAUAGAAGUGAAGUGAAAGAUUGAAAUGCCCUGAAGUGUGUAUAUAUUUGAAAGAUAGAGGUAGUUGGAGUGUUAGCUUUUAAACUUUCACCAUAAGGGUGCUGAUUCAGUACUCAGGAGGGGUUAUGAGUAAGCUGUCAGCUCCGUUUCUGAGACUAGUGACAGGUACCUCACCAGGUUGCAAUACCAGCAGCUACCAGCAGAGAGCAGUGUUGAUGAGUUUGAGAUUUCCCCAGUAGACCUUUGUGAAAUUGGAUGUUUUGUUGUUAUAGCAUAGUGCAUAUCAAGCUGACCCAUUUUUAUGAGAUGCUUUAAACUGCAUCUAUUUCUAUAGUUAAAUACAAAAAUGUAAUCAUUGUUCAGGCAAACAUGAAAAUUGUCAUCAUUUACUCACACUCAUGCUGUUCCAAACCCAUAUGACUUUCUUUCUUCUGUGGAACUCAAAAGGAGAAAUUUUACAGAAUUUAUUGCUAAUCACUUUGUGGUGGGCGAUACUAUACAUUCACUUUAGAGCAAGUUGUUGCCCUCUGAAUAUACAAAGCUAGCUUGAUCCUUAUUUAUGACCGGAAGAGUGACAAGAUAUAAGACAGCAUUAACUUUUCCUUUUGACUGGGAUGAUGUAGCAUAGUUUCUUUUUCUGCUGCUGCUUUAAUUUGCAUGUGUUUCAUUUCCUGAGACUUAAUGCAUAUAUCACUUUGUGCUUUAUUUUCAACCAUGUCUAGAAUCAUGUUACUACACUUAGCAAAAUCAUUUUUAUGUGCCUUGUUUGUAUCACGGUGGUUUUCUGGUGAAAUGAACACUAGAGAUGCUACAACAGCAAUGACUUUUAUAGCCUCACACAAAUCAUGAGUAAAAUGGCAGAUUAUAAAUUAAAAAACAUCUUCGUUUUGCCCUGUUCCUUACACAGUGCUAUCUUAUGAAAUCUAAAUAAAUGUUAGCAUUUGCAUUACAUAACCUACUACAUUUACAAGCUUGUUUGAGUGCGCUAAAAUUAAAAUUGGGCAGUAGCUCAACUGAUAGAGUGUUGCAAUUGCAAUGCAAAGGUCCAGGGUACAAGUCUGAAGAGAAAGUAAGCUUCAGCAAUUGCGAUUUUCAUCUUACAUUUGCUUUUUAUGACACUUUUUGUUAGAUUUUGGGGAGAGUUUCGUUGGUUUAAACUCCAAUAGAGCAUUCAACUUAACCCAGUUUUUUCCACUUACAUUUGCUUUUUCUGACACUAUCUGUUAGGUUUAGGUUUAGGGUAGGGAGGUAGUUAGGUUUUUCAUCUGUUUGGGAGAAAAUAUUACUUGCUUUUAGCACCCAGCAGUGGACAUUUCACCUCGGAACUGCCGUAAUAUGUCUAACCGCACGAACCACAUAAUAUAAUUCUGCAAAAAUGUCACCACAGUCACAUCAUUUUCAUGAGAUCAAUUGUUUAUUUUGGUGAAAAUGUAAUUGAGAUUUUCAGAUUAUUUGAUUGUUGGGGAGUUUUUUCACCAAGAAUGCCUUUGCUAUGAAAAGAUCAGAAUAAUUUUGCAUUGAAGGUAAUGGAAAAAGGAUAAAGAAGGACUUAAGAAGAGAGAGAGAGAGUGUGUGUGUGUGUGUGUUUGUGUGUGCGCAAUUUGAGCUUGUUGUGCAUCAGUGCAAUACGUUUACACACUUUUCCAUGCCUGCUCCAUACACUUAACUAUAUUAACCUGAUACCCUAAUACAGCUUAUAUCCUUAGCAGUGAUUCUAAUGCUGGUGAGCCUUCUCUGUAUGCUACAGUUGUUACAUUCUAUGCCUUGCAUUUUUAACCUUCUUAUUACUCAUUUAAGUUCAUUGUUUGUAUUUACGUGAGUAUGUCAGGGACGUGAAUUCAAAUUAAUAUGAAACAUAGCAACUUCUAUCUCUCUUACCAUUCACAUCCACACAAACUCCCACUUUCUAGUGCCAGAAUAUUUCUCUGCCUUUUUUUUUUUAAUCACUUUAAAGUGAAAACGCACCUUCACAGAUUCUAGAGUUAUUACCACUUGAGCCAAAACCAUGCCGUUUGACUGCCUGAUAUGUCUUUGUUCCAUAUUGCUACUUGUGCACUUUAUGUAUGUCUGUGUGUGUGUUGCAGAACAAGAGUGUAAGCAUGACCAGCCUGGAGGUUAAAUAUAGCCAUUUAGAAAUGCUAAAAGUGGUAGAGAGGGAGAAUUUGGGGGAGGGGACAGAAAGGGUAGCCAGAGCAGUGUUGGGCUGCCAAUUUAUUUUCUGAAAUAUUUUUGCAUUCCAUCUCAUUUAUGUUGGGUUCCCUCACAAUAGUUUUAUUCAUCCCUUACGAAGAUUUUAAAUGGUUUUACUACAGUAGCUAUAUGUUAACCAUGACAUUUGAAGUAAAAACAUAAUAAUAAUACUGGAAAACCAAAAUUAUGGUAAUACAAUUUCGUAAUCAUUCUGCAAAAGAAAAAAAAAAAAACAUGGUUUCUACAGUUGUACUAUAGUAAAACCAUAGUAAAUGUGUGGUACAAGUAUGUUUUUAAACAGGGUUCCCACUCUUUUAUGAACACCAGAUUCAAGGACUUUUUUAAACACCUUUAAUUUAAUAUCAAGCACCUGUCAAAUUCAUGUUUCAUCAUACAUGGCAUAAUGAAGGCCUUUUAGAUAACAUAUCGAACAUGAUAUUUAAUGUGUGAACAUAACUUUUUCAUUAAGCUUAAUAGAAAUAUUAUUGGUUACAAUUUAUCAAUACUCUCAGGCCGUCAGUAUUGUGUAUAUCACUUUUCAAAGUAUCCAUCUUGUAAUGAAGGGAAGCCUAGUGCUUCAUACAAACCCUGUGUCAUUUGAACAAAUGAACUGCACAAUAUUUAGGAAAUACAUCUAUUUACUACUGUCCCUGCCAAUGAGACAGCAGCAGGAGCUGACGCACACUUUCCAGAGUUUGUGGAAUUACUGAUCUUUGGACAUGUAUCCAUGCAGGAAAGUGUCCACUAGGGCUGCAAAUAACGAUUAUCGACUAAUCUAACGAUUUUAGAAUGUUUCAUUGGCUAUUUGGGCGAUUAUUGCAAUGAUUUAUAAACAUCUCUAAACCAUCUAUUCAGCUUGAGUUAGUUGUAUUAAACAUGUGCUUACUAACAAUAAAGAUAUGGGGAUGAAAGCAUCUUUUAAAAAUACCUUUAAAUGAACUUCACUGAAUUACAGGUAAAAUUCUUCAUAAGUUAUGAAGUUAAAUUCAGAAAAAAAUACACUGCAUUCUUAAUGAGUGUUUUGUCUUAUUUUCCAGUGAGAUAUCUAAAUUCAUUCAAAUAAGAACAUAACAUAAAAUUACAAAAGCUCUUUAUACUUGUUUUAGUGUGUGAUGUGUGAUAGAAUGUAUCUUAAAUAUAAGUGUUUUAUUUUACUGCACUGGCUGAUUUAUUUUUUUAUUUUCACUUGUUUUUUUUACUUUUGUACUUAAGUGAAAAAUUCUCUCUGAAAACAAAUCUUAAAAUUUUGUGCAGUGUAGCUCCUCAAGUAAAUGUACAUUGUUUUACAUGAUUUUUGGAUAGUUUUACUGAAGAACAUGUUUUGGACACUGAAUUUCAUGGUUAAAAUAUGGUUACUGUAGUAAAGCCAUAGUUUAUUUUAUGGUUACCAUGGUUUUACUACAAAUACCAUAGUUGAACUAUGGUUACAGUAGUACAAUCAAGGUAAAUUUUUGAAAGGGCUGGAUAAAGCUACUGCAAGGGAAUGCAAAACUUAUGAGGGAAUGCAAGCUGUUGUGAAGAAACAUAACUUUUUUUGAGGGAACGCAAUAUAUUACCAGGGAGCGCAACAUUUUAUGGGGGAGUACAAACUAUUGUGAGGGAAUGCGAAACUUUGUGAAGGAAUGCAAAUUAUAGUGAGGAAAUACAAAAAUUUUGUGAGGGAAUGCAAAACAUUUUGUGUGGGAACACAAAUUAUUGAAAUGGAAUGCAGAACAUUUUGAGAGGGAAUGCAAACUGUUGUGAGGAAACGCAGAAGUUUUUGCUAUUGUUAUAUAAUGCAAACUAGGGAACGCAAACUAUUGUGAGGAAACGAACAAUUGUGAGGGGGGAAAAAAACGUACUGUGCGGAAAUGCAAACUAUUGCUAGGGAACGCAAAACUUAUUGUGAGGGAAUGCAAAUUAUUGCGAGGGAACGCAAACUCUCAUAAGGAAACAAAUUACUGUGAGGAAAUGUAAAACAUUUCUGUAAGAGAAUACAAAACUAUUUCAGAAAAUAAAUUCCCUUCUUGUCCUCUAAGGGGAUCUAUAAUGAUCAGACUCCACAAAACAUUUAAUUUGUCUUUUGAGAGUAUCAUGUAUAGAAAGUAAUGAUGUAGAUUCUACAACUCUACAACAGUGGUAGAACACCAUGGUUAAUUAUGGGACACAAAGCUCCCAAUUUGAUUUCACAGGGUCUUUAAAGCAUUAUAAUUGUUAUUGACACAUGUAAUACUGACAUUUAUAUAAUUCUUUUCACUUUCCCUUGAAACCUUCACAUUUUGUUUUUAACGUUUCUAAAGCAGAAUAGUCAUCAUAUGUUUUCUGUCUAAAAUCCAUUGACUAAACAUUUUCAUUUUGGUGCUGUAAAAUAACCUGCAUGCUAAAUGUAAAUUUGACCUUUUCUCAUGAUAUGGAAAGAAACUAAAGGAAAUGUGAGUGAGAUCUUCUGGUAAUUUGUAGUAUUCUGAAAAGAAUUCCUUAGUAUUAUUAUUAUUACUACUACUAUUUUUUAUUGAUACUAUUGCCUGUAUAUAAUGUAACAUUUGGCCAAACAUCAGACAGGACUUCUGGGUAUUCUAAUUGUUACUGUCCCAAAGGACCCAUCAAGCUCUCCCUCCUUUCCUUUGGCCAGUUUGACUGCAUCCAUCCAAAGGCUCCAUAAUAUGGACUUGCCCAGUAUUUCUUCCUUACUUUCACUUUCUCUGCUUAUUCUGUCUUUCCCUCUCUCUGGCUUUAUUUCUUAUUCUUGGUAUUGUAAUGCACCUUUCUUCACCAGUUGUACACAGCUUCAGUUGUGUAUAAAGAAACUUUAAGGAAAUUAAUAAAAUUGUUCUCUAUUAAUUAUUUUA